ACAUUUCUAUACGAAGAUAUCACAGUUUUAGAAUGUCAAUUGAGUUCGUUUAACACAGUUCUACUUUUCUUGUCUUGUUAUUUUAAAGUUUGUGCAUUUCGGGGAAAAUGAUUCUCGUUACUUUGGGUCUAAUUGGAUUACUUUUUGGACUAGUUUACCUUUUUCUAGUAUGGAAUUUUGAUUACUGGAAGAAGAAAGGCAUUAAAGGUCCAAAACCGACUGCUGUAUAUGGAAGCCUUCCAAGUUUGAUUACCCAGAAACGUCAUUUUUCAUAUGACUUAAAAGAAAUUUACGACCAAUAUCAUAAAGAUGAAGAUUUUGUUGGAGUUUAUAGCAUCCGAACUCCUGAACUAUUGAUUUUGAGUCCAGAAUUUAUUCAUAAGGUAUUCGUUAGUGGGUUCAAAAACUUUCAUGACAAUGAAGCUGCAACUUGGAUGGAUGAAAAAAGUGAAGCAUUAAUAUCCAAUAAUCCAUUUAUACUGAGGGGCGAAAAAUGGAAAGAACUUCGUGCAGAAAUCACUCCUGGCAUAACAAUUAAUAGGAUCAAAGCAGUUUAUCCAGUAACGCAAGAAGUCUGUGGAAAACUAACUAAAUAUAUCAAAAAUCGUUGCUCCAAAACUGAUAUCAAUGGAAUCGAUGCUAAAGAAAUUUCACUACGUUUUACAUCAGAAGUGGUUACCGAUGCUGUUUUGGGAGUAAAAGCUGAAAGUCUAUCAGACAAUCCAACACCAAUAUUUGAAAUGACAAACAAACUCUUCGAAUUGAGUACAGUUUUUACAACUUACUCUAUUAUAGCUGGUUUUUGGCCAACAAUUAAGAAAUUUUACAAGGCCAAAUUUUUCACAAAAGAAAGUGAAGACUUUUUUGCAGAUAUUUUAGAAAAAUCCGUUGCCAUGCGGCGUAGUGAAAAAUCGGAUCGAAUGGAUUUUAUGAAUUAUGUGCUUCAAAUGCAGGAGAGAAAACAAUGCAAAAAUUCACAACUUUUAUCACAUAUGAUGACAUUUAUACUCGAUGGUUUUGAGACUUCGGCUCAGGUUAUUACUGCGACUCUUUAUCAGUUGGCUAAGAAUCCUGUUGAACAGGAAAAAUUGAGAAAUGAGAUUUUUAGCAAUCUCAAUAAGAAUGGUGAACUUGAGUUUGAAUAUCUUGAAGGACCGUCUUACGUUGAUCAAUGUUUAUAUGAAAGCAUUCGAAUUAUUCCUCCAGUAUUGUCAUUUAAGAAACUUUGUACUGAACCAUGCGAGUUGACCAAUAGAAAUGGAGUUAAACUUCAACUAAAUCGCGAUGAUAUUGUCUUAAUAUCAGCAUAUGCUCUUUAUAAUGAUCCUCAAUACUUCCCUAACCCAGAAAAGUUUAUACCAGCACGUUUUAGUGAAGAAAAUGGUGGAGUAAAAAAAUAUCGUGAUAUGAGUGUAUUCUUUCCAUUUGGUGAUGGACCUCGGAUAUGUUUGGGAAUGAAAUUUGCUUUAAUACAAACUAAAGCAGCUAUUGCUGAAAUAGUGAGAAAUUUCAAUAUUAAACUUAAUCCAAGAACUAACAAAGAUAAUAAGCUGAAAGCAAAUGCUUUUCUUGGUGAACUUGAUGGUGGAGUGUGGCUCGAUUUUGAAGAAAGGAAGUAAGCCCUUAGUCUUUUCAUAAGAAAAUGUUGGAUAAAUAAUAUAUUAUUGUAAAUUUGAAAGUUUUUUUUUUCUAAAGUAAAAUAAUUGAGAU